AACUUAUACUUUGCAUUAACUCAGACAAACGCGUGUCGCAACUCCUGCAACUUCAUAUAGACGCGAAUCUACAAACAACACGGAGACAAUAAUGGCGACAACACGGUGUCUGCAUAUGCUCAACAGACAGCAGCAUUUCCUCAAAGAGGUGCAUUCAACAACAUGGCUGGCCAGAGGUUUUGCGAAUAAAAGUGACAAAGGCUGGUUGAGUUCCAUGUUUGCACACAAAGUGGAUGCCAGGAAAGAUGCCCACUCCAAUCUGCUCUCCAAGAAAGAAACCAGCAACCUCUACAAGAUUCAGUUUCACAAUGUCAAGCCAGAGUGCAUGGAAGCAUACAAUAAAAUGUCGGAUGAGGUACAGAAAGAACUUCAUCGUGAUCCAGGUUAUCCAUGUGAAGUCAUUGGAAGCUGGAACAACUGGUAUGGUGAACAGGAUCAAGCUGUGCACCUCUGGAGGUAUUCUGGUGGGUAUCCUGCUCUAAUAGAGUGUUUGCACAAACUCAACCGCAAUACGGCGUAUCUUGCAUUUCAAAAAGAGAGGAGUAAAAUGUUGAUCUCCCGACGCAACCAGCUUCUUCUGGAGUUUAGUUUCUGGAACGAACCUGUACCCAGAAGUGGCCCCAACAUUUAUGAACUGAGAACAUACCAACUAGUACCUGGAACAAUGAUCGAAUGGGGAAAUCACUGGGCUCGAGCAAUCAAAUAUAGACAGGAAAACAAUGAAGCAGUGGGCGGCUUCUUCACACAGAUCGGUGAAUUGUAUGUUGUUCAUCAUUUAUGGGCCUAUAAAGACCUGCAGUCCAGAGAAAAGACCAGAAAUGCUGCUUGGUUAAAAGAGGGCUGGGAUGCUAGUGUGCACUAUACAAUGCCUCUUAUCCAAAGGAUGGAAUCGAGAAUUAUGAUUCCCAUGGAACAUUCACCUCUGCAGUAAAAUCGACAGUGAUGUUAUCAAAGACACUGUCUACCAGGAGAUCUACUGUUUAGACCUGACUUUACU